CGUCAGAACACCGGCAGCUACCGAACGAGACUGAACUUCCAACCCCGAGGAGGAAGUUGCGAAGGAGUGUUGUUGGGGUCUGUUGGUGGGCAAGUCUCUUCACGUAGCGUGACGACACGGGCUUCAAAGUCCCGCCUCAGAAAAAAUAACGCAACAGGACAGUUGACAAAAAUAAAUUUAGUCUAUAAUUUCAAAUUUCAAGAGGUGAUGCUGGGGGUGGCCGGAAUGACGGGCAGCAUCGCCAAUGCGCUGGCCAGCGCAGCCUGCGAACGAUGUAAGAGUGGCUUUGCGCCCACUGAGAAAAUUGUGAACAGUAAUGGAGAGUUGUACCAUGAGCAGUGCUUCGUGUGUGCCCAGUGUUUCCAGCAGUUUCCGGAGGGACUCUUCUAUGAGUUUGAAGGCAGAAAAUACUGUGAGCACGACUUUCAGAUGCUCUUUGCUCCCUGCUGUCGCCAAUGUGGUGAGUUUAUCAUUGGUCGUGUUAUUAAGGCCAUGAACAACAGUUGGCACCCUGACUGCUUCUGCUGUGACAUUUGCCAGGCUGUGCUGGCCGAUGUGGGCUUUGUCAAAAAUGCUGGCAGGCACUUGUGUCGCCCGUGCCAUAACCGGGAGAAGGCUCGUGGCCUGGGCAAGUACAUCUGUCAGAAGUGCCAUGCAAUCAUUGAGGAGCAUCCGCUAAUCUUUAAGAACGAUCCUUACCACCCAGACCACUUCAACUGCAACAAUUGUGGGAAGGAGCUCACAUCUGAUGCCAGGGAACUGAAAGGUGAACUUUUCUGUUUGCCCUGCCAUGACAAGAUGGGCGUACCUAUCUGUGGCGCUUGUAGGAGACCCAUCGAAGGGCGUGUUGUCAAUGCAAUGGGCAAGCAGUGGCAUGUUGAGCAUUUUGUCUGCGCCAAGUGUGAGAAGCCGUUCCUUGGCCAUCGUCACUAUGAAAGGAAAGGGUUGGCUUACUGUGAAACGCAUUACAAUCAGCUGUUUGGUGAUGUCUGUUACCACUGCAAUCGUGUGAUUGAGGGCGAUGUCGUAUCUGCUCUCAACAAGGCAUGGUGUGUCAGCUGUUUCUCCUGCUCCACUUGCAACACGAAGCUCACGCUCAAAGAUAAGUUUGUUGAAAUAGAUCUUAAGCCAGUGUGCAAGCGUUGCUAUGAGUGUAUGCCUGAUGAGCUGAAACGCCGCCUGGCCCGCCGUGAGCGCUACGCCAAAGAGUGCAAGAAAAAACCUGCUUCUUCUCAGUAGUCUUUGUUUACAAGUUGCCAUCUAUUCUACUGGUUUGUGCAGUUCAUGCCUUUCUUUUCUUCUGUGGCAUGAAUAUACAUGUCUACUAGUUUUGGGUCUGCAUGGACAGCUUCUCUUGCUUUGAUGUUCACAGCAGUUUCCAUCAAGCCCACAGAACAGUAAAACACUGAACAACCUGCCACAAAAGCGUUUAGUAAUUAAGUAUAGAUGCCUCAAGAUAGUGUCGAACAACUUAAAAUGUACAUAAUCAUAAAACAUUCAUAACAUAUUUCUUACAUGAACCAACGUUAAAUAAACAAUUCCUAACCAUAAGGCCGUAAGUGCAGUAAAGGGGGCUUUAAAAUAAUGUUUUCGUAUUUGUCAUUUUUCUGUGGGCUUUAGGUUGGGCAGCUACGCAAUGAGCAAUAUUGCAGCACCCAUCUCAACUCUUGCGCAAUGUACGAGGUUUCACAUCAUUUUCCCGAUUGCUUGGUAAUUGGUUUAGCUGGAAUUUAAAAUUUGAAUCGCAGUUGAGUAAUGAGACUAGCUAAUCAAAAUGUACAAGAACUCAAGAAUGAAAAUAUAUUUUCACAUUUAAGUGAGUGGGAACCAGCUAGCUGUCGAAGUGCUGCUCCAGCCAUAAUCAUCCAAUAUUUACAGUGUACAUGUACUGUGAUUCAAAACAACACUGAAAUGGAGUUUAAAUUUUUUCUAUGUACCUAUGGGUGACAUAUCGAAGGCUGAAAGAGGGGGAAUGGACUAUGUGAGCACAUGUACCACUUCGAGUGCAUUCGUGUGAACAAGACUGAGUCUCGCCUUCAAUAUUCUCAUUUUUAUGUUUGAUGGGUUUGAUUCAGUAAUUGAAUGCACAUGUUAUACAAGUCAACACAAAUAAAUAGAAAUAAUAUGUGAAUGGUCCAGGCAAAACCUUAUACAGGAAAAGUUGAGCUAAUAUACCUACCUUUAUAACAUGCUAGCACAAACUGAUAUUUCACUCGGGGCCCGAAAUAUGUGAAUGAGUAUUUUACAGAAACUAUAUUAUUUAUUGAAUAUUUAAAAUCGUUAUAUGUAAUUUUCACACUAUAAUAAAUGUUAGGGAAUACAGGCAAAUGGUAAUGAUAAAGUGGACCAUAAAAGCUGAUGGCUGUAUGACUACAUAGUGUAUGCAAAAACAUACUUGUGAUUUCACUGUGGAUUCAAGACCUGCCAAACAAACAGGAUGAUCUCAAAUGUACACCCUUAGUCUAAAGUUUUAAGACUGUCAUUAGAAAAUAGUGACGUCCCAAAAUAUAUAACUGAGGGUGUAGAUGAAAAAUCUGAUUAAAGAAUUAAUCCUGCUAACAGCACUAAUAUUCUACCAAAUGGUGCCAAAGUAAUACUUUCAUUGCUUUGGCAUGGGCACGAAAACAAUGACUUUGCAAAUUUUGAACACUGAACCUGUCGGAGUUAACUGUUUUUGGAGCACACUCGCUGGGAAAACCAUGAGGUACACCUACACACAAAACAUGUACUGUAAAUCGAACUCAAGAGCUUUAGCCCUUUGCAUAUAUAAUAAUGCAGAAUUUUGUUAUCAUUUUUACAAUCUGCCUAUUGUGGUUAAAGCCUUUAAGCAGUGUAAAAUUGCAUUGUACUGAGGCUUUCCUCAAACCCAUUAUGGUUACCUUAGCUACACCUAUAGAACGCCUCCCAGCAUUAUAUACGUAUUUAGAACUCAUGUUUUGCAUUUAAACUUGACAGUACCUCAUGGUUUUGCCUGUAAGUAUGCAUGAAUAUUCAAUUUAGGAUUCUAAUACGCAUCAACUAUCUGAUUUUGAAACAUACUGUUUACAAUUCCUGCUAUUCCACCAAUCUUGUUUAAAAGACAGACCGAAAGCUCUAGAAUGCACCCACUGCGGUGUCGUGAAUUGAAAUAAGGGAUAUUUGGUUGUGUUGUUUUUUUCAUGUACUCAUGAAAAUGAUUUAUUGUGGUUGUCUCCAGCUGUCAAGUCAGGCUGUCAUUCAGUUUGGGAGUCUCAAAAAAAAUGGGCAUUUGCCAGCAUAAUCUUAGUCUCCUCUAUGGGCGCAGAAAGAGGGAUUUGUAGAUAUACACCAUUAAAAAUGACAGGAAAUAAUUUUUGGCUAUUAAAAUGACUACUAUACAUGUAGUGCUUUGACUGAUGAAACAUUUUAGAACCUCUUAAAAAGAUGGCAGAUGGGGCAAGGAGGAGGAGAGGCUGGUAUGGAAUAGCAACUACUCCUACAGUAUUUUACAACAUGGUUGUCAUGCAAAUUGAGACCCUAUGUGAUCAAUAAAUAAAGCUUAUACUGUAUGAGGCAGCCAAAUGUGAAAUAUGUAUGCUGCUGUGAAGACAGGAUUUCGCCAUGUUUUACUUGAGUGAAGCUACAAGAGUAUAUAUCUGUUAUUCUAAUUCAGACUAGUUUAUUAUUUUUUGCAUACCUAAAACAGGCAUCUGAGCAACUGUAACUGAGCAGUCAAAGCUCCAAAAGACGACUUUCUACUACUUAGAGAUGUUGAUGAGCAGAGCUUUAACUCUCGUGAUGUUCACUCAUUAACCAUUCCUCUCCUAGACUGCUAUCUUGAAUAGUAACUGAAUUGAAUACAUAUGGAGUCUAAUAAUGCUUUUUCUCACUUUUUGCAGGAACAAAUUUGUUGAGUUUGAUAUGAAGCCUGUUUGUAAAAAGUGCUAUGAGAAGUUUCCUCUUGAGCUGAAGAAAAGGCUGAAGAAGCUGGCUGAAUCUUUAGGACGCAAGUAGGCUGAACUUAGUUUGACAACAAUGAACAAAACAAUUUAAAUUGCAAUUUUACGCUUUACUGUUGUUUUCAGCCAUACACAUUGGAGUAUAAGUCACAUUUUUGGGGAGCUUUUUAUUUUGAAAACCCUAUAACAAACAUUACACAUUAUAGUAAUAACAAUGAAAUGGAGAACAACAGGCUGAGUUGGAUUCUGUUAACAUAUUUUUAAGUUAUUCAGACAAGCAUAGCCGAAACGGCACAACAUAAUUCAACAUCCUCACCAAAUCACUACCAAAUGCAUCCAAGUCGUCAUCUUUAUCACAUCUAAACAAGUCUUCCAAAUUGAAUAUAGAGGGCACACCUAGCGCACCCUUCUAACAACCGACAGUGUGGGGGGAAGAAACAAGUCGCACCAGAGUCAGGCCCAGCCAAACUAGGGUUAGGGUUAGAGUUAGGGUUGGGGUUAAAAAGUGUGACUUUUAGUCCGGGAACUCCAUCCCUUUCAGCCUCGUUGUGGUAUCUAUAUACAUGUGUGUUUGUGUGUGUAUAUACUGUAUAUCUAUAAAGUACAUUCCCAAAGUGACCUUGCCUGUUUUAUCCUCAAUAAAAGUUGGCAUCCAUUAAUCGAACAAUUGAAUUAAUGUGUUUAACUUGAACUGUAUUAGAUGUAUGUCUUCACUUGAAAUGUGGAACUUUAAACAUCUACAGUGAUCCCUUGCUUCAGACUUCACGCCUUCAGUCCAACGCAGAUUUUUCAAUUAAAAAAAAAAAAAAAUACAGAUGAGCUGUCCCGAGCCAAUCGCGUAGUCGCACUCUCCCUCCCUCCCUCUCUCUCCCUCCUCUCUGUUGGUCAGGCAGUGAGUGCACUUGAGUUGCUUAUUAAAAUUAACGAUGAUUGACAGAUGUUUAAUGUUUGAACUUGCCAGAGAAGCGGACUUCAAAGCGCCGCAUAUGUCAAUCAUCGUUUAACUUGUUAAACAGUUGCUUUGGCAACUCCAUGUAAGUGAGCAGCUUGAGCGAAUUUGAGUGGACUCACUAAACGAAGCAUUUAAUACUUUGUGGUUUUUCACUUUAUUGCUGCUGGUUCUGGUCCCCAUUAAUCGUGAAAAACGAGGGAUCACUGUAUACAGUUUUGCAUUUGUGUAUAACAAACUAUUAUUUUCAACUGAAGAUAAAAUAGAAUAUUAAAAGCCAAUUCUGAUGAAUUGUUCUUUCUGCUUUCUCAUUUCAUAGUCUUGUCAAUAACAUGUCAACAAAAUAAACUCCAUUAAGGACUGUUACUUGAUGAAAUGUUUAUGUAAAUGUCAAUCAGUACAGUAGCCACUUGCUCAUCAAAUAGUGAUAAUUAGUUGUAUUUUUCAUGAUUUAGUCACCUCGGGCACAUCAUUAACUGUAAAUUACAGCUCCAAAAUAAAACAAUUUCACAGAACUACGUAUCGGCAAAUGCACAUGCGGUAGAGCCCACAAAAGCCCUCAAACUACAGAACUGUAGUAUAGUAGUUCUAAUAUUUCAAGGAAAUAGUUCAAAUGGAUAAAGAUGAAUUGAGUUUCGUAUUUAAUCACAGACCACUAAAAUCCUGGAAUAUUCAUGAUUUCAUUGAUUAAGCACUAUGCUGUCGAUGAGCAAACAGUUUAGAAGUGAGAAAUGUGACGAAAAUCUGCUUGUAUCAGCAUCAUUUAAUACACACCGCAUUUGCCUACCUGCAAUAAAUAAGUUUCUGCUUCUUUUAAAUAUAUGUUUAAAUUUCACUGUACAACACGUGUACUAUGUAUUUGAUUUCUGUAUAAUUCAUUUUGAACACAUUGUAUAAGGGCUAGCACUGGUCUACAAAAUUUUAGAAGAUAUCUGCUUCAGAGAUAAAAAAU